UAGCGGAGCAGGAUUGCGCAAGCCCUGUCACGGCUCAGCUAAGCGUUGCAGACAUCAAACCAGAUCGACAGAAAUGUCACAAAGGUUGCAUGAGGUGGCAGCCAGCGCAUCUGAUAACGGCGCCUUGGAAUACCCAACUGUGGAGGACUUUGUGGGAAACACCCCUCUUGUUCGUCUGCAACGCUUGAGCAGUAACCCAUCGAAGGUUAUCCUUGCAAAGCUCGAGGGCAACAACCCUGCUGGAAGCGUAAAAGACAGGCCAGCGAUAAGCAUGAUAGCUGAGGCAGAGCAGAAGGGUCUGAUCAAGCCUGGUGACACUCUUGUGGAAGCAACCUCUGGCAACACAGGAAUUGCUCUCGCAAUGGCUGCAGCAAUCCGAGGGUACAAGCUGAAGCUAAUCAUGCCAGCAAACAUGUCAGAAGAAAGGCGGGCAGCGAUGGCAGCAUAUGGCGCAGAGCUUAUCUCUGUGCCUGCUGGCAAGAUGGAGCUGGCCAGGGACUUGGCGCACGAGCUGCAGGAAAGAGGGGUGGGUGUGGUUCUUGAUCAGUUUGGCAAUCUGGACAACCCGCUCAGCCAUUACAAGACAACUGGGCCUGAGGUUUGGGAGCAGACUGGGGGCCGCAUCACCCACUUUGUCUCCUCCAUGGGCACAACAGGGACAAUAAUGGGAGUGAGCCGGUAUCUGAAGGAGAAGAACCCUGACAUCCAGAUUGUGGGGUUGCAGCCUUCUGAGGGCGCCUCUAUUGCCGGCAUCCGGCGCUGGCCCAAGCAGUACCUGCCCAAGAUCUUCCAGGUGGACACUCCUUGCCUUCAUCCUACCCUGGCAGACUCCUAG